UGCGCAUGCGCCAAGCCGUGACGUGUCGCGAAAGUGUCAAACCGAAGGAUGUAAAAAUGAUCGAAAACACUCGAGAUAAACUUACUAAGAUAUUUAGUAGUCGCCCACAGCGGCAGUUUGGAUAACUUAACCCCUGGAGUCAGCCGUAGCUGUAAAUGUGAUAGACUAACCACUCCUCUUCAGUUGAGCAGAGGAAAUAGGUUUAACUCACUUUUGGACCCGCGACAUUGACCGUCGAGCUAACUUAGUUAGCGACAGUUGAGCUAACCGGACUCGGUGAAGUAGCCAAACUAAACAGUAGCUAGCAUGGUACCGUUAACCGGCUUAUUUAACAUUGCCAUGUAGUUAAUGUGAAACUGGCAGUGUAAACGUUAGAAUAGCCACUUGGUUAGUUUGGUCGUUCGUCUCUCAUUUAGCUUUCAGCGCGGUGACGUUAACGUAUCCAGCUGGCAAGCAGGACUGACCUACGGAGAGAAGAUGUCUCGGAGGCGGCUGGACAGUCGCAGCGGGCUCGCAGCUGGUCUGCUCGGCGAAAUUCAGACCCCAAUCAGCACGGAGCCGAUGGAAAGUGUGUAUGAAAUCACUGGAGAGCUUGGAAGGGGGAAGUUUGCGGUGGUCAAGCGCUGUGUGGAGAAGGCCACGGGGAAAGUGUUUGCUGCCAAGUUCCUACGGAAGAGGAGGCGAGGCCGUGACUGCCGGGCCGAAGUGAUCCACGAGAUGGCCGUCCUGGAGGCGGCCCGUAACAACGCCCGAGUGGUCAACCUGCACGCGGCUUACGAGACCGAUCACGACAUUGUCCUACUGCUGGAAUAUGCGGCCGGUGGAGAGAUAUUUGACCACUGCGUGUCUGAGGAGCUGCUGCCAGAGGCCCAGAUCACUCGUCUGAUCAGGCAAACACUGGAGGGAGUCCACCAUCUCCACCAGAGCAGCCUGGUGCACUUAGACCUCAAGCCGCAGAAUAUUCUCCUGACCAGCCUGUGUCCUCCAGGAGACAUCAAGAUCGUGGACUUUGGCCUGGCACGCAGACUGGGCGCGGUUGGAGAGCUCCGAGAGAUUCUUGGCACGCCUGAAUAUGUGGCUCCUGAGAUCCUGAAUUAUGAGCCAAUCACGACAGCCACUGACCUAUGGAGCGUGGGUGUUAUAGCCUACAUGCUGGUGACGGGCGAGUCUCCGUUUGUCGGGGACGACAAGCAGGAGACGUAUCUGAACGUGUCCCAGGUCAACGUGGACUACAGCAGGGAGGCCUUCUCCAGGGUGUCUGAGCUGGCUGUGGACUUCAUCCGCAAGCUGCUGGUCAAGACCCCCGAGGACCGGCCCAGCGCUGCGGAGUGCAUGAGCCACCCCUGGCUGUGGCAGCUGUGCCUCAGCCCCGACCACACCACCGCCACCCGCACCGUCCGCGACAGGAGCUGCGGCACCAAGUGGGCAGCGCCCCCCGAGGACCCCGAAGACAAGGAGAACUUCCUGGACUCGCCCCACUCUCACGCAAAAAGGUUUCGCUUCGACGAGGAAAGGCCCGCUGCUGGAGACGGUGACUUUUGAAAACGUUUAAAAAAUACAAAAAAAACAGGGCAGGGCAGGGGAUGCUCACUCCUUCCUGUGAGCUUUUAAAUUCUUUUAAGCCUCCAGAAAACCAGCAGUCCACUGUCACCACUCAAAAGUACUUAGGUUGUGUUUAUAUUUCACUAAUUUUUCAAAAUUCCAAGAUCGACCAUCCAGACCAAAGAUAACCAGCUAAAAUGUUGAGAUCUUUCCGUGAUCCAGCGCUGUUAAGAAGUGUGGAAAUUGUACAGUAUGUCUUAAUGAAUGCAGUGUGUUUAACCUGAAGUGUUCAAUACCUUUCAUUGUUCAAACCUCUGGUAUUUUCAGAGCCCACUCUGUGUUGGGGCAUCGUUGAUCCUGUACUGAUGAGGGCUAGUGUGGAGUAUUUCUGGGGAAAUCUAUGCAAUGCUUCUCUUGUACAUUUUAAAUCUAUUUUCCUAAAACCUUAAAGAAGUUAGCAGCGCUCCGCCUUAAGCUCGGAAGUUAAGUGUUCUUAUGCUUCAGCGGAAACGUGUGAGUGUGAGAAUCGAGAUAAGAGGAAGUGUGAUAAAUGUCCUCAUUUGCAUGCAGAAGAGACCGAGGGACAGCUGGACAGCUGCGUCACGGGGAAACGCUUUGACUCCGAUUAUGUUCUCGGCGCGUGGGUACCUGUCAUUCAGUCACCAUUUCAUGGAAAAUUCAUAAAACAUGGCUGCUGCCUAUGCCUCAGCUCUAUCUCUUACUACCUGCAACAUGGCUGGAUUUCACAUCCAAGCUGCACGUGGCCAUGAAAACACCCAGCAGAGAGGCUGACUUACACACAAGCCUGAAACAUUCCUUAUAUGUUUGUCUCCAUGUCUGCAAUAGCACCAGGGUUUCUAUUUAGCUCAGGAUUUUAUAAAACUCAUUUUAUUAAUUCCAACCUUAGCGUAGUCCCCUUCCGAACAAUUCUACUUCUCCCACAUUUAUUAUGAAUUUUUUCAAUGCCAACAUGAGCAACAAAUCCCGGUAUUUUCCGGCAUUCUCGUAAGAUAGAAACUUAAAACUGUACACCGGCUGAAAAAAAAAUAACAAAAAACACAACCCAAGUUGACUCAUGCAGUUUUUCACAUGCCACACCUACGCUUACUCAAAUGAUUUCCUCACCGAGCUGCAAGUUCCUCUUCUGUUGGCCGGAAAAAGAGAAACACAACUUUAGCACUUACUUCAUCAUCCCGCUUGUUGAACCGCUAAGCAAAAAAGGGGGGGGGGGGAGCUGUUGAUGAAAGUGUGUCUGUGUGCUUGUUCCUGAGAGGUGGCCUCUCCAAAGCCAUUCAGUGUCCUUUCUCUAAACGCUCCUCCAGUCCUGUUGGCUCAGGGUGCCCAAACUUAUAUUCCUGUUCUCAUCUCAGGGCAUGCUGCUCUCUGCUCACUUUGUAUUGUAUUCCUAAUGUUAUUCUUAAAGGCCUAUUAUUAUUAUUAUUAUUAUUAUUAUUAUUAUUUAUGUGCUGGACUUAUACUUUAUAUUUUUAUGUAAAUAAUGUGCUCAUGUGUCUUAUUAUAAGGAAGUGUUGAUGACGGUGGGAGAGGAUGAUACCGGUGUUAUGUAAACCAGCUGGUGUGGUUCUAUGAAAUGGGAAGGUCUGACUGCAGCGGAUCGGGAAGAUGAAAGCAAAGAGCAGUUUGUCGAUGGUACCGGGAAGUAGAGCCAGAGAGGAGUCCGAUGAUUUCGGGUCAGCAGGCAGACGAUGAAAUACUACUCCGCAAAAUGUGGAGUAGUAUUUCAGUCUCAGUCUCGACCUGUCAGUCUCGAAAGAAGUGUUUAAAGGAAAAUGUCGAACUAGUCCUUUUUUAAGUUGAGCGUUAAGAUAUGUAAGGCUUUUUGGGUGAUGAGAAAGUAGAAAUGAUGAUUUUUUUUAUUUAAAUUUUUUUUUGGUGUGGUUUUGAAAAAGAGACGGAUGUUUGUCCCGAGAAGCGAGCCACUGUAUAAUAUGAAAUACGAGGUGCUAUUGAUUCACAGGAUCUGCCAUCUUUUGUUCGCUUGAAUGAGUUUAAAAAAAAACAACCCUUCUAAAGUGCAGAACUGGCAACUCUGAUUGCUCUUAAUCUCCAGUGAAACAUUCCGCUUUUUGUUCUGAGGUGCCAAACCCGAAUAAGACCACAUUGUGUUGUUUGUUGUUGUCACCAGCUGGUACAAUGGCCUUUGUGUGGGAGAUGGGCGUCUCCAGCCACGGCCAUGCUGUCAUACUUAGAAAAACUGGAACACCACGCUGGAAACACUUUUCAUCUCAACGAGUGAUUUCAUCUCGCCGAGUUAGCACAUUCUACUUGAGCUUGUUGUAAGAUGUUUGUUUUUUUGUUUUUCUUCUAAACAGCAGGAAAGUAUAGCCAGAGAAGUCCCAGCAUCUGUUUUGCUACUGUAUAAGGAAAUAAGCUUGAAUCUCAAGAGUAAAGUACGUUCCAGUCGGUCUACUCUGCUUUUUCUAAUACCUCUCCAAACAGGUGGCGGUGUCUUGAAAUAAUCUCAAAUUCAGGCUGAGAUGAUGGGACUUGGCUCAGUUGUACAGAAACGAGUAAAGCUUUCCUGUUGCGUCUCUGAAAAGGCGAUUUUAGGACUUGACGAGCAGCGUGAUCUUGAGAGCACAUUGGACUUGUUUUGCAGUGCAGUGAUGUCAGGGAUCUCACUUUGCAGGAUGACGGAACGCUCGAAUGGGUCGGACAGAGUGGCUCCUGUUAGCUGGCACUGUCUGUCCGCCACUCGAAUAUGACUUGUGCUGUGGUGUUGAUUUCGUUAUUUUCAUCAGCUAGUCACUCAUAGCAUUGGGUGCGUGUGUGUGUGCGUGCGUGCGUGUGUGUGUGUGUGUGUUUUCAUUGUCUGAGCAGUGCUCAGCUGGCAGUCAGGUCGUCAUCCUCACAAGGUGGAGCACCACUGAUGUCACCCAACAUUCCUGUUAGUUCUGUGUGAGCGCAGUGAGACUGAAGGAUACUGUAGGUUACAGUCAAACCAGCCACAAGCAAAUAAAUGUUCCAGAGAUGUAUGUUUAUAUUGCAUUUUAUAUUGUUUUUUUGUUUUUUUUAAUGUAUGAGCACACUGAUUGCAUCUGAAAGGACAAAAAAAGACAUAAUCCUUAUCUUAUUCUGAUCAACUGCAGGCUAAUAUGUAGGCAUCACAAAGCAAACUGAAAAAGCUCAUUAAAGGUUGUAGAAAAUA